GUUGAAACUUUCGGUGAUCUAAAUGCUAAUUGCUGUGGAUGUGCUUAGCAUUUUAGUUUUUAGGCAAAAGAGUUGUAUGCAUACUGUACCUUAUUCCCUUGAGUCAUUCAAUGUUUAGAUAGUCAAAGAAACAUUGAAUACGGAAAUAUUAAGCUCUGAGCAGACCAGUCGUUGGAAAUAUAUAAUUUUUUCAAUGUUUAUUUUGAAUGCCCGUGUCUCAAAUACUGUGAAAAAAUAAGUUAUGCUUCUACCAUACGACUGUUUCUUUUCUCUGAUACACGCAUCUCAAUUAGCUCUAGGGAAAAGAACACUAGCAAUUACAUUUUUGCAUUUCUCUUAAAAUAGGAUUCCCACGAGAAAUAAUCCUUAAUAUUAGUUUUUUGUGGGGUUCUUUUGGAAUACUGAUUUACUUGUAAAAAAUGGAAGUUCUAUGUUCCACAGACGCACCUAACCCCAUCAUUCUACUUUAAUUCAAAAUUCCUUGCGGGGUCUAUGAUUAGUAGAUUGAAGGAAUGCCUGCUGCUAAGUCCCACCUUUUUCAGAGCACUGAUGUUGAAGUUCAUAUCUUGCAGGACAACAAAUCUUCCUGCAUUCUUUGUCAUUGGAAAAGCUCCUGUUAGCGUACCCAACUGCAUCAAAAGUCUUUCAAGUUAUGCUUUGACCAAUGACAAGCAUAUCCUGGUCCUUUAUGGGCUGGAAUAUGCUUAUUCGAUAAAGCAUAUAAGAGAAGCAUUGGUAGAGGCAUCAAAGUUAUCCAAUUCCAAAUCUGAAUUAGAAGUCCGUUUUGCCGAUGUCAGUUGUUCAGUUAUGAAUUCAUCUGAUGAUCAUAGAAGCUCCACUGGACUUGUGGAACCAGCUGGUGUUUGUACUGAUGAUAACAUUUUUGGUAUGGCACCUGAUAAUAGAUAUAAGAUUGGGAGUUUGAUCUGGACUUUACCUGAAGGACACAGAAUGGAGGACUACUUGCUUUUUUGGAUUGGGUCUGACAACCCAGAAUUUGCGACUGUUGUACUGACAUUUAAUGGCUGUGAUAUAGUCAGAUACAAUCCAAAAGAGAACCGGUUGGUGACGGAUGUGUCUCAGCAGAAAAGGAUUCUUAAGCGCCGAUAUUACCUAGUCGAAAAGGCAAAGGAUGCUAAUAUUGUUGGGAUUUUGGUGGGAACUCUUGGUGUAGCUGGUUACCUUCACAUGAUUCACCAGAUGAAAGACCUGAUCACAGGAGCUGGGAAAAAGGUCUAUACUCUUGUUGUUGGGAGACCAAACCCUGCAAAACUUGCCAACUUUCCCGAGUGCGAUGUUUUCAUUUAUGUGUCUUGUGCCCAAACUGCCCUUCUGGAUAGCAAAGAGUAUCUAGCUCCUGUUAUCACUCCAUUUGAAGCCAUGCUUGCUUUCAACAGAGGAAGUCAAUGGACAGGAGCAUAUGUGAUGGAGUUCCAGGGUUUGAUCAAUUCGUCUCUAGUGGAAGUUAAAGAGUCAGAAGAAGCAAGGUUUUCAUUUUUGUCUGGUGGAUAUGUAGAAGAUGUUGAUCUGCAAGGAAAAGAAAUUGGUAAGGAAGAAGAGGGAACUCUUGCCUUAGCCAAUGCAAUGGAGAAGGUUCUGCAAUUGCGUGAUAACCCCAACUCUUUAAAAAAAGGUACAUCUAGAUCUGGGCCAGAGUAUUUUGCAGCUCGAUCUUACCAAGGUCUGGAUAUGCAUUAUGACAAUUCCUUGCCGGAACCGUAUUUAAUUGGGAGGAGUGGGAGGGCAUCAGGAUACGAGGAUGAGAAAAAUAGACAAGUGGAAUUAUGAUGAACACGGGGAAAAAAGAAAAAUGGAUUAUGAGCCCCAAGAUGGGUCAAAGCUUGAGAAGCAGGUUCUUAAGUAGCUCAGGUUCUUAGGCAGCUCUCCCGCAUGUCAGGGGAAAGAUCAUAUGCUGCAAAUCUCCCAGCAGAGGGUUAUGAACCUAGGCAAACCACUGGAUCUGGCCAACGGGGGGACUCAUCAUUUUCACUGAAUCUGAGAGGUUGGUUUUUUCCUGCUUACAUUUGUCAGCCAAAUAUCAGUUACUUGGUGGAACAUCUGUAUCAAUAUUCUUAUUUCAAAGCAUUAGCGAAACCUGGUGCAACCUGAUCAUCCUACCAGGGGUUUGUCUUCAUUUUUGUAAUUUGCAAGUUUUAGGUUGGGAACUGGGUUUGUUCUUGUUUUUCGUUGUUUUGAGGAUUUAUUGUGAUAAUCACAUAAGAUAACCUGCUUCAAGAUCUCAGAUUUUUUGAUUUUA